CCGGUCCGUGUGUCGUGUUGCUGCUGCUCGCCGCUAUUUCUGAUUUGUACGCGUGGCAUGUGCUGGGUGUGCUGCACCGCCACUGCUGUGUCUCGUCCUCUACCUUUUCGUGAUGGAAGGACUGCCGCUUGAUGUUAUCCUGCUGGUGUCGAUCGGUAUCGUGGCUGUCACCUCGCUCGUGGUCUACAUAAGCAGAAAACUGACUUCAAAUGACGAGGACGAAGAAGGCGCCGCCACAGGAAUAGAUGGGUCCAACAACGACACAACCCCCGGCAGGCUCGCAAGACAUCCGGGCGGGGAGUGCCCGAUAUGCCUCUCGAUCGAGGUGGAAACCCCUGUACAAACGAACUGCGGGCAUUGGUUCUGCGCCAGGUGUAUUUUGAGCUACUACGAUCAAGGCGGCAGGGUGCGCAUUCGGUGUCCAAUGUGCAGGCAGGAGGUUACCAUGCUGCACGGAGCGGCAGGAGACGCACAGGCCGCUGGCGACACCGAUCAAGCCCACGACGCAAGAGCCGAAUCAGCACCGGCAGCAACGACAGGCUCCCCGGAGAUUCAGGAGGAGAUAUCCAGGUUCAACGACCGCAACUCGGGACGGUGGAGGUCGCCGUGGCAGGUCAUCGAGGACGCCCCGCUGCUGCUCCGGCGGUUGUGGUCGGACCUCAGCCGGGGGGACACUCGGGUGUUCGGCGAGUUGAUGCGGAGAGGGGUGCAGCUGCAGCUCUUCGUGGCCGCCUUGUACAUUCUGAGCCCGAUCGACGUGAUCCCCGAGAGCCUGGUCGGAAUCGCGGGCCUCCUCGACGAUCUGGUGGUCGUGGUCUUCCUGCUGCUCCACCUCACCUCCGUGUACCGCACGGUUCUGCUCUCCUGGGAAAGGUCGAGAGCAGCACGCGCCGAAGCUGCUGCUGCUGCUGCGGCCUCGACGGCAACUGCCUCCAUUGCCGGAGCCGCCGCCGCCGCCGCCGCCGCCACCGCGCCCCCCGCCGCGGUCGCUUCCGGCGAGGGUAGGUUCGACAACUCCCCCCAGGGGGCCGGAAUAGCGGCAGUGCUCGCUCUGCUGGUGGGCGCGCUCUUGGCGCUCGCGGGAGGCGGGGAGGGGCAAACGGCGCUGGGGGCAGGAGCGAUGGGGGCCGCGGUGGCGGCAGCGGCGGAGCGCUACGGGUCAAGGGCGCCGCGGGUGAUGCCACCAUUGGCUGGGGAUUGGUAAUUGUCGUCGUGGGAGCGGUUUCCGAGCGAGAACGGAAUUGGCGUGAUUGCGAUUCCGCUGUAGAGGAGUGAACCAUAGAGCCGCUUCUUGUGUUUCAUUGUGCUGGCGGUGACGGGGCGCGAGGCGGCGUGCCGGCUAGGGUUGGGGCGGAGAAGCGUUUGCAGGUGGAAUUGGUUUGGUUCAGCAACAGGUGUGUCUGUCCGUUGUUAGCGUUGUGAGCAAUACAGUUUAUUCAACAUUGGGGCGCCACCCCCAUUGUCAUUGUCACCAUCAGUGCGAAGCGCAUCCCUGGAGGGUCGUGGUUAUCACGCCUGAUCGUUGCUGUAAGGCAUGGGCGACGCAAUCGGGGUGGGUGGACGGGGGUUGGACAGCGAGUCUCGCGCUAGCGAGGUGGGUAGGAAGGUGGCGGCACGUGGUGCACCAUUUGGCCAUCCUUUUGGACAAACGUUCCCGAUGUUGGAGAUGUCGAAUUCCAUUCCGAAUAGCAUUGAUUUCUGCUGCAGAAACAAAAGAACCUACUUCGCAGCAUAAGAAUCUU